AUGUCAAUAGGAUCCAGUGAACCUGGUUCAGUGUUUAACAUGGAACGCAAUCAGAUUAUUGAACAUCGCCAGAGAAGAAAACGAACUACAUAUACGUUACAUCAGCUUAAUAAACUAGAAGAACUAUUCAAUACUACGCGGUACCCAAAUGAAAUACUAAGACAACAACUGGCUGAAACUAUUGAAAUUGACCCAUAUUGUGUAAAGGUUUGGUUUCAAAACCGAAGAGCAAGGGUGCCUAAUGAUUCCAAAUUACAAAAUGCCAACAACAAGUUGCAGAACCGGCGAAUGAAUAAUAUUGAACCGCAAGGCGAUUUAAGAGGACAUCAAGUACAUUUUGAAAGUAACAACUUUACAGAAUCUUUACAUGGAAUCCAUUUGAAUGAAUCCAGUUAUGGUACUAUCAAUUUAAGACCGGAUUUGGAGGAGCAAGAAGAGCAGACCAAUAUAAGCGUGUACUUAAAAAACUUCUAUGAGCCCAAAUACGAUGUGUAUCCAAUUGAUUUCACAUUAUAA